CUAUUUAAUUAAAAAACAUAUUGAACAGUUUGUGGACUUGUGGGUACGUUUUGUUUACUUCAAAAGGGUUUUAUAAGCAAGCGAAAUUGCGUGCUGACAACAUCAUCACUAUAAGCUCUUGCUUCAUUCAAAACACAUAUAUCUACCAAGAUAAACAGACAAGAAUUGAUGUACAUUUUUUACAUGUAAGUACAUAUAAAGAGGAACUUUUCUUGGCUUGAACAUAAUUGAUUCUCCUUUCUGCAAGACUUUCUGUGUUAGUUUCUUCAUCUCCUGCUUUAAGUCAAGUAUCUUUGUUAUAUUCCACCUUUUCUGUGUUAGUACUUUAAGAAUAUUCACUCUAAGUUGAUAAAAACUCUGCAUUCAACAUCUCAGUUCUUGUCUGAAACUUUUCUGCAAGGAGGUUGUCCGAACAUGGGAGAUCACUUUGUGUUGUUAGUUGAUCGGAUGCUUACUGAAUCCACCUUGGAGGCUGCGGUUGAAAGCAGGCACUUGGUGGCUCAAGAAAACAAUGAUACAGUUGUGGAUUGCGCUUCCCACCUGGAUUCUGAAACUGAUUUGUCUCAGAGGAAAGUGGCUGAAUGUAGGAUAUGUCAGGAUGAAGACUUUGAGUCCUUGUUGGAAGCGCCUUGCUCCUGUCGCGGCAGUUUAAAGUAUGCUCAUCGCAGAUGUGUGCAAAGGUGGUGCAGAGUGAAGGGUAAUACAACUUGCGAGAUAUGCAACCAGUUGUUUAAGCCGAAUUAUACAGCUCCACCACCUGUGUUUCGACUUGGGCAUAUUCCAGUGAACUUAAGGGCUAUCGGCAGACUUAACCUAAUUGAAUCUCACUCGAUAGCAGUGGUUUCAGCUGAUCGCAAUUUUCUUGAUCCUCUGGAUGAUGAAUCUGCAGGUUCUGCUUCAAGAAGCUUCACGCGAUAUCUUUCAUUAGCUGCAAUCUUUAUGGUUCUACUGAUGUUAAGGCAUACGCUUCCCCUCAUUAUCAAUGGAACAGAUGAUUUUUCAUUCCCCUUAUUCGUGUUCUUUCUCCUGCGCACUUCAGGAAUAAUUCUUCCAGCCUAUAUUAUACUCAGAACAGUUGGGGCCAUACGGUACCGCUGACUACACCAAAAAUGUUUAAGAUGAUGAUUCUACAGCCUAUAAGCCACUUUAGCUUGCUCUCAAAGUUUCUGGAAAAUUUGCUCAAAUGGGAAAGGCUCGUUAAAUGUGGUGCUACGAGUCUACUACUUCAGAAAUCAUCUAUGGUUGAUCAAACAUGACUUAUAGCAUGAAUGAAACAUUCUUAUACUCAUCAAGUAAUAAGCAUCACACUAGCUUAGAGCUUGCUCUUAUAAUUUAUGGCAAUGCAGCUCUUACCUUUUCUUGAA